CUUGCGGGCCGGGUUUCUGCGCCUUCCCGGCUGUCAAACAGCCGCGGGAACGCCAGCGGGGUCCCGGUGCAGCCACACAGGUUCCUUCUGUUUGGAGACCACUCCGAGACGUCACUGCCUAGCAAAUCCGAAACUCGGCUGGAUCGGGAAGGGAAGAGAUUAAAGGUUCUCAGAAUACUUUGCAACCUGGACCUGGGUCGAUCAGGUUCAUCCAAGGUGCCAGAGGUUGUUCGUUAGAACUGCACGGGGACCCUCCGCGAUCACAGCUCCUUGACAAUUUGUUGUCGAAGGUCGAAACUGCACAAAGUACAGCUGAAGUCAGCAGCAGAUGGAAAGUGAAGCCAGGCCACCUCGCACGGUUCGGGAGUGGGAAAGGUGAUGGACUUGUGAAGUGUAAAGGUGGCGCGUCAGGGGCACCGCCCAUGCUGCCCUGCUUCCAGCUGCUGCGCAUAGGGGGCGGCAAGGGCGGCGAUCUCUACACGUUCCACCCGCAUGGGGCUGGCUGCACCUACCGCUUGGGCUGCAGGGCCGACCUGUGUGAUGUGGCCCUGCUGCCCCAGCGGGAGACUAGCCUCAUCUCUGGAGUCCACGCAGAGCUGCACGCUGAGCGCAGGGGUGAUGACUGGAGGGUCAGCCUGGAGGACCGCAGCUGUCAAGGGACCCUCGUCAACAAUGUCCGACUCCGGAGGGGACACAGGCUGGAGUUAAGUGAUGGUGACCUCCUGGCCUUUGGCCCUGAAGGGGCCCCAGGAAGCAGUCCCUGUGAGUUCUACUUCAUGUUUCAGCAAGUUCGAGUCAAGCCUCAAGAUUUUGCGGCCAUUACCAUCCCACGGUCUAGGGGAGAAGAGGGAACCAGGGCCGGUUUCCAACCCAUGCUGCCCCCUCAGGGAGCUCCACAGCGUCCCCUCAGAGCCCUCUCCCCUGCCCCCAAAGCCACAUUGAUCCUCAAUUCCAUUGGCAGCCUCAGCAAGCUGAGGCCCCAGCCCCUCACCUUCUCCCGAGGUGGGGGCAAGCCCCAGGGCCAGCCUCCCCCGACUCUCCCCGGCAAUGCGGGGAGUGCCACACCUGCCCCACUUCCGAGGAAUCGGAGGAAAUCCGCUCACCGAGUGCUGGCAGAACUGGAUGAUGAGCAAGAGCCUCCUGAUAGCCCCUCGCUGGUCCUGGCAGAGCCCAGGAAGAAACUCCGGAUAGAAAAAGGCACCCUGAUGCCCAGUGGGAGGGAAUGACCACAGGGGAAGGGCUCCUUGCUAUGGAUAUGGAUUCAAGGCCUGGAGGAGGCCCUUGUGGCCAAGAGGACAGAAGAGAUGGUUCCUGCCAAAGAUUCUGCUGCCUCCACAAAGUUUCAAUGAGCUGGAAAUCCCCAUGUCAGCAGCCUCAUUGUCACAGUUCCUAGAAUGUCUGUAAUCAGAGCAUCCAUCAGUACAAAGGCCACAAUGGGAAGAUGAACGCCCCACGUGGAAUAAGCAAGUUCUCAUGGUUCUAAAUCUUAAGGAGACAUUCCUGGGAAGCCUUACUUGGUGGCUAAGACUUACUCUGCUUCUCACCCUGCCUGGGGCCUGGCUGACCUAGAGCUCUGCUUCUGUUUUCAAAUAAAGAUUAAGCAACUCCA